GUGGCCCUGGAGCCAGGACGCAGUGCUGAGGUGUGAAGAGGUUUGUGCCCUAAAAACAGAUAAUAAUUAGACAUUUUCAUUCAGUUGCACUCACUGUUCCCACGUAAAAACAAGUGUGUGGUGCCUGUCGGUGAAUUUCAAACUAUGUGAAAGAUUAACCGUGUGCGUUGCUGUGCCAACACACGAAAAGUAGCUUGAUGAGUGUCCAAAGUAGUGGAAGUUUGGAGGGGACGCCAUCUUGGUCCCAGCUCUCCACGUCCCCAACACGGACUUGUUUUCAGCAACAUACCACGGCAGUGGUGAAGGCCCAGGAAGGCACCAUGGAGGAGCUGCACAGUCUGGACCCCCGGAGACAGGAGCUGCUCGAGGCACGCUUUAUGGGCGGGGUCAGCGGCAGCACAGGGGGCAGCACUGGCAGCACAAGCGGGGGAACCAAAGGUUUGACCAAUAAUGAAUGUUCAAAUCACAGUUUUGGAAGCCUCGGCUCUUUAAGCGACAAGGAAUCAGAGACACCAGAGAAGAAACAGUCGGAAACAACCAGAGGCAGAAAAAGGAAACCUGAGAUCCAAUCAGAGAGCAGCCAAGGGAAAUCAAUUGUGCGAGGACCCAAAAUAAGCGAUUAUUUUGAUUUCCAGGGAGGAAAUGGGUCCAGUCCAGUGAGAGGUCUCCCACCAGUGAUUCGUUCUCCGCAGAACUCACAUUCCCACUCUGCUCAGGGCACAGCCGUUAGACAAAAUAGCUCAUCUCCUACUAGUCUGUCUUUUGGGGACCACAUGACACAUCCAAAGCAACUAGCAGUCAAAUUUGUUCAGACUGACCUUACAGUGUUGAAGUUGGCUGCCCUUGAAAGCACUAAAAAUCUAGACCUUGAGAAGAAGGAGGGGAGAAUAGAUGAUUUGCUAAGGGCAAACUGUGAUCUCAGGAGACAGAUAGAUGAGCAACAAAAAUUACUUGAAAAGUACAAGGAACGCUUGAAUAAGUGCAUCACCAUGAGCAAGAAGUUGCUCAUAGAAAAGAGCACCCAGGAGAAGCAGGCCUGUCGGGAGAAGAGCAUGCAGGAUAGACUUCGUUUAGGCCAUUUCACUACAGUGAGACAUGGAGCCUCAUUCACAGAACAGUGGACUGAUGGCUAUGCCUUCCAAAACCUUGUGAAACAGCAAGAGUGGAUAAACCAACAGAGAGAGGACAUUGAGAGGCAGAGAAAACUUCUAGCCAAGAGGAAACCUCCAUCCUCCAGCAAUUCCCAAGCACCAACCACAAAUUCUGAGCCAAAGCAACGCAAAACCAAGGCAGUGAAUGGAGCAGAAAGUGAUCCCUUUGUAAAACCCAGCCUACCUCAGCUGCUGACACUAGCAGAGUACCACGAACAGGAAGAGAUCUUCAAACUGCGACUUGGACAUCUCAAGAAGGAAGAAGCUGAGAUCCAGGCGGAGCUGGAGCGUCUGGAGAGAGUGCGCAACCUUCACAUUCGGGAGCUGAAGAGAAUAAAUAAUGAAGACAGCUCACAAUUUAAAGAUCACCCAACGCUGAAUGAACGAUAUCUGCUCCUACACCUUCUAGGAAGAGGGGGCUUUAGUGAAGUUUACAAGGCUUUUGACUUGAUUGAGCAACGAUAUGCUGCUGUGAAAAUCCACCAACUUAACAAGAACUGGAGAGAAGAGAAAAAAGAGAACUAUCACAAGCAUGCUUGUCGAGAGUACAGAAUACACAAGGAGCUGGACCACCCCCGAAUCGUGAAACUUUACGACUACUUCUCACUGGACACAGACACGUUUUGCACUGUCAUGGAGUACUGCGAAGGCAAUGACUUGGAUUUCUACUUGAAACAGCAUAAGCUAAUGUCUGAGAAGGAGGCACGGUCCAUAGUCAUGCAAAUUGUGAACGCACUAAAAUACCUGAAUGAAAUCAAACCUCCCAUCAUCCAUUAUGACCUUAAGCCAGGCAACAUCUUGUUGGUGGAUGGCACAGCCUGUGGGGAAAUCAAAAUCACCGACUUCGGUUUGUCCAAAAUCAUGGAUGACGACAACUAUGGUGUAGAUGGGAUGGACCUGACAUCACAGGGUGCAGGGACCUAUUGGUACUUGCCUCCUGAAUGUUUUGUGGUUGGUAAAGAACCUCCAAAGAUCUCCAAUAAGGUGGACGUGUGGUCUGUGGGCAUUAUCUUUUUUCAGUGUCUCUAUGGAAGGAAGCCUUUUGGCCACAACCAGUCACAACAGGACAUCCUGCAAGAGAACACCAUACUGAAAGCUACUGAUGUUCAGUUCCCUGUUAAGCCUGUUGCCAGCAAUGAAGCAAAGGCUUUCAUAAGGCGUUGUCUGGCAUACAGGAAGGAGGACCGCAUCGACGUUCACCAGAUGGGAAGCGACCCCUACCUGCUCCCUCACAUGCGGAGGUCAAGCUCCUCUGGAAAUCUGCAGAUGAGUGCUGCUGGCUCGGGACUUGCCUCCUCCAGUAUCAUCUCAUACUGACAGCCUUGUACUGUGACAAAAAAAAAAAGGCAAACUGACCAAGUUGCUCCCCACCUGCAGAGCUCCGGGCUCGUGGGAGAAGGAACAGCCGGCAACAGGAAGAGCAGGACACUGGUGGGGAGAUCUCACCUGGCCUCCUGACCUGUGCCAGGCUUCUACUUGUUUACCAGGGCUUGAUCAAUGGAGGGACAAUGAAGGGAUGUUUUUAAAAAGGAUCUUUUGAGGGCCCGACAAAAGCACUGAAACUGACAACGUACCUUGAAGAAAAUGUGACUGGACAGUCUGUUCAGAUGUUGCAGAUGGAUAAAGCCUUAAAGGGCCGAAGGGAGACUUGGCAGCCCGCCGUUUAGAUUAAAUAACAUGGUCCUGCCAGGGUGCAAAUGAUUCAGCUGCUAGAAGUUAAUUUACUGUGAGGAGAGGACAGUCAUCGUUAUAUAGAACUACAAAGAUUUCACUAUUGAUUUGGCUAAAUGUUUUGUUUUUUCACAAAUGUUAGGCUUUAAUUUGAGUUACUUAGCCAUGAGAAUGUAAUGUGUAGCAUACAAGUGGCAUCUAGUGACAUUUAGGUUGGGGGCAGCGUACUUAACGUUUAAUGCACAAAAUAACCAAAUGUAGAAAAAUGACAAUGUAUAAAAUCCUAUGCAGGAAUAUUAAUUAACAGAUAAAUUUGAAACUGUAUAUGCUGUACAGGUGAAUUUUCAAAUUUUAAACUGCAGCAGUAAUGUGUACAAAGUUAAAAUUUCCCCAUGUAAAACUAGUCUGGAGUGUUUCAUUUUGCUGCUUUGUUGCUCUUACUUUUUCAAGGGCUCUAUGUUCCACUUCGGGUACAAAUUGUACAGUUCUGCUAAGAGUGAAUAAUAAAUGCCAGGAAAUGUU